CAUUUCUGGGGGCCUGUAGCAAACUGGGGUCUUCCUAUAGCUGCCAUCUCAGAUAUGAAGAAGAGCCCUGAGAUUAUCAGUGGCAGGAUGACUUUCGCUCUAUCCUGCUAUUCACUGCUCUUCAUGAGGUUCGCCUACAAGGUGCAGCCACGCAACUGGCUCCUGUUUGCUUGCCAUUUGACCAAUGAGUCGGCACAGCUAGUUCAGGGAAGUCGUCUCAUCAAAUACAACAUGGAGAAGAAGAUGGGAUCUUAGUGCCAACAAAUGGCGCCAUGCUGCUUCAACACACACCUAAACCCGGACAUCAAAACCCAUUCACCUAAACAUCUUAUCCAUUCAUUGAAACUGCAGCACUUGCACCAUUUUUUUAACCUGACGUUACCAUGAUUGAUCGUCCGUAUGAAGUUCUAGUCACUCAAGCAGAAAAAUGCAGAUGAUUUCCUCCAACCAUUAGGGUCAACUGCUGUGCUUUAUUUAAAAAAAUAAAUAAAUUCCAACAUUCAACAUGACAUACAAAAAUAUAAUAUGGGUCACUCAGCUGAUCUGCUUAUUAACCUGCCUGAGGUCAGUUUAUGCAAAUAUGUCUACACCAAGUCACAUUAACAGUGGUUAAAAGUAUGGACUUUGCUUAAACACAGAGGACAGACGGAGAGCUGUGCCUUUGUUUGUUAUGCACUGGAGCAAAACAAAAACCGUGUGUAAUGAGGAUUCAAUUUGGUUUUAUUAUUAAAAUAGAUAUUUAAAUCAAACAAAAAUAGACUUAAAGAUAAAUAUCUUUGCUUUUUAUGUGAUCAAACUGCUCACACUGUAAAUCUGUAAGUAUGAGAAGGUCUAGAAUAUAAUUUUCCUUGACUGAGCAAGACUUAGGUUGGUGUUGACCGAACAUGUAAUGUGUAUUGUUGUCAUUCACAUUAAUUUAUUGACAUUGUGUAACUCACAUUAUAUUUUCCCUGAUUAAUGAUUUGAUUCUUGGGUUUAAUAAAAUAAACUGGCCUGUUUGUCUCAAA